AUGCCGAGCUUCUUCCAGUUCACGCAGGGCACCGAGUCGCGCGUCCGCCCCAACGACUCGGCACCAUUGCUCGGGCGCUUCCGCGCCGUGCCGCCGCGGCCGGGGGACAGCGCGCAGCAGCAGCAGCAGCACAGCCAGCUCGGCCUGCUCGCGGGGACCGUGGGCAACGGCCGCGGCAGCGUGCACGUCGGGUACGGCGCCAUCCUCGCGGCAUCGCUGGUCAAUAAUGCGCCGAGCACGACGAGCAGCGACGAGCUCGAGGACGAGCUGACCAAGUGGGAACGCGCCUGGCAGCGGUGGGUGCUGGAUAUUUGGGUCGACCCCAGGCAGUCCGCCGUCAAGAGAGUUGUGGAUAAGUGGUGGAGUCGGUAUGGCUUCCUGGUGUUGAUGCCGGCCGCGUUGGCCGUUGCGUGGUGUGCUGUUCCAUUCCCUCAGUACGCUUUCCCAAGAGACGAGGACGAUCCGCAGACGCCAGAUGGAGGCAAGGCCCCCGGUCAUGGAGCCUCCAGGGUGCAGGUCAACUUCUGGUUCUUCCUUUUCGUCUACUACGGCUUCUACAACCUCACGGCUCUCAUCUGGAUCACCAAAGUAUUCAAUCUGUACAGCCUGAACUGGUGGCCGCAAUCGCUCGGCUUCCCUCUCACCGUCUCCGUCAUCGCCAUCAUAUCUCUCGCAGUCCCCGUCCCCGUAUACCUCAACCCGGCGACCCGCUUCAUCACCGCCCACAACACGGCCUGGAUCACAUGGACUUUCGUCGUCAUGGCCAUGCCCGUCGCCAUUGCCUUUUUCAUCCUCACGAUCAACGAGCGCCAUGUUGGACUGCGCCACUCGCUCUCCGACACCCAGCGCAUCUUCACCACGUCGUGGUGGACCGGCGAGCCAGACACCAUGUUCAGGAGGGAUGGGCGCCGCCGCAACACCGCGCCGAACCCUCGGCCACAGGGCGUUGCUAUGCGGCGACGGUGGUUGCCAGCGAGCUUCGUGCGGUUCCUCUGGUUCUGCGUGGCCUUGUUUGUGGGCUUGAUGGCGUAUGUUAUUGGAGAGGCAUAUGCUGAGAUUUACCUGCGGACACUACCGCACGACAACCUGGAGACGGUGGUGUACGUUUACGGUUGGGUUGUGACGGUCCACCUCCUUGAUGCCUUGACCGGUUGGGUGUUGGGCAUCCGCGAGGGCGAACGCGUGGGAAGCUAUCCCCUGAGCUGGGUGUUUAAACUAUAUUUUAUGUUGACAUACCAGACGUACGUCCGUGCCCUGUAUGCUCGACUGCGUUCACCAUCCCAGUUCAUCAUCCUCCAGAUCCUCUCGUCAACAGGCUUGGUGAUCAUCACCCCCAUCAUGAUGACUCCCAUGGUCCACAAGAUCCUCUCUGUCCUGGGGCUCAACACGCAGACCUACGGAUCCUACCAGAAGCUGCAGACGCGUAAUGUGUUCAUCCGCUUCUUGGCCGAGAACGUCUCCAUGGCUGCUUUCCUUGGUAGUAUCCUGGUGCUUCACUUUGGCGCCAAUAAGGACAUCUACCCUUACUUUGCCUUUGAUGAUGAGAAUGGGCCCUAUGACUUUAACCUCACCUUUUACGCCUCCAUGGUGACGUGGGCCUGCGAGGUGGUCGCCAGCCUGGCUGUCCGCGGCCUGAUCCGUCUCUUCUAUGGCGUCGAUAUUGGGCUGGAGGGCAAGCUCGAUCUGGCAGUCUGGCCCGAACUGAUGCCAACGUGUGUUGCUGUAAUGCUCCAUGUGUUGCAAAACAUGCUAUUUUCGAUCGUCCGAUUACAGUUUCGGUGA